GUGCCUUGUCUAGCUUCUCACAUGAAGAAGUCCCUUGCUGGUUGUUGAUCGCAAUGGCCAAUCCCUCUCUCUUUUCUCUUGCUCUCUUUGUCUCUCUCAUUGCAUUAACUACAACCGUGUCUGAGGAGAUAAGAAAGCCAUAUAUUGUUUACAUGAAUAAGUCCACGAAGCCUCUGCAUUUUUCACUUCAUGAGUACUGGUAUGUUUCUCUCAUCAAUGAGGCAACUUCGGGCUCAGGCUCAGACGAUGAAAGCCUGUUGUUAUAUACAUAUGAUAUAGUACUUGAUGGAUUUGCAGCGAAGCUGAGCAGAGCUGAGGCUGCACGUUUAGAGAGCAUGGAAAGUUGCUUGGCCGUAAUCCCGUCUUCUGUCAGCCAAAUGCAUACGACCCGUUCGCCGCAGUUUUUGGGUCUGGGAGGAUCGCAUAACAAUUUUUGGCCGCAGUCUCAUUACGGCAAAGAUGUGAUUGUGGGCGUGAUUGACACCGGAAUAUGGCCUGAGAGUGAGAGCUUCAAUGAUAGAGGCCUGGGACCGGUGCCCGCAAAAUGGAAGGGCGUUUGUCAAAGCGGGGAGAUGUUCAAUUCCUCUCACUGCAACAGGAAACUUAUUGGAGCUCGCUAUUUCUUCAAAGGAUACGAAGCACACGGCCAUAAACUCAGCAAGAGCGAGAUAAAAUCGGCGAGAGACUCCGAGGGCCAUGGAACGCACUGUGCUUCGACUGCUGUGGGGUCGAAAGUGGGAGGAGCGAGUUUCAAUGGCUUUGCCAACGGAACGGCCAGAGGGAUGGCUCCUCAGGCCAGAUUGGCCGUGUAUAAGGUCCUCUGGCUUAAUGGAGCCGACGCUAGCGACUUAACUGCUGCCAUAGAAAUGGCCGUUUCAGACGGCGUGGAUAUUAUUUCUAUGUCGAUUGGAAAACCGGAAGUACCUUUCUACGAGGAUUCCAAAGCCAUCGGAGCCUUUAAAGCGAUGGCCAAGGGCGUGCUUUUAUCUUUAUCAGCAGGCAACGAUGGACCUUUUAACACUGCCAUCGAAAACACGUCACCGUGGAUGAUGACUGUUGGAGCCAGCAGUAUUGACAGAAAGUUCCCAGCCGCUGUCAGACUUGGCAAUCACGAGAUGUACAGAGGUUCCUCUCUUUCUCAAGCGACUCAAGUAACUGAAAGAUUGCCUCUGCUGUAUUUAUCUCACAACAAAAGCACCAGGAGAUGCCAAGGUCUCGAUGGCAGCAUGUUCAACGGUAAAAUUUUGCUAUGUGAUAAUGCGUAUCGUAAUAUUUACAGUGAUUCCGUAGGAGUCGCUUCCCAGAAGGCAGUCAGCAUGCUUAAAAAAGUUUCAACGGCAGCGAAACAAGUUGGGGUCGCUGGUCUUAUCUGGGCCACCGAGCCUCUUUCGGGGGCGCAAGAAAUAAUCGACGGUAAUGGUCUGCCCUCUAUUAGUGUGGGUUUUGCAGUAGGAAAGAAAAUCAAAGCGUACAUAAACAGUACAAGUAAUCCUACCGCUGCCAUAAAGCCAUCAGGAUUGACAGUCAAAGGAAAGGCAGUAACAGCUCCGCUUGUGGUUUCUUUUUCUGGGAGAGGACCGAGUCGGGAAUUUCCACAUAUACUGAAACCAGAUGUGAUUGCUCCAGGCCUCGACAUAUUGGCGGCAGUUAAGAAAGGAUAUGAGUUUAUGUCGGGGACAUCCAUGUCGUGUCCCCACGUAAGCGGCCUUGCAGCGCUCAUACGCGGCGUUCAUCCUUCCUGGAGCCCCGCCGCCAUUAAAUCGGCUCUCAUGACGUCUGCUUACAUCCGCGACAAUAAAAAUCAGCCCAUCAAAGAUGUCGUCACACUGAAAGCAGCCGAUCCAUUCGCUUUGGGCGCAGGUCAUGUAAAUCCAGCGGCUGCUAUGGAUCCGGGGCUUGUCUACGACCUGGCACCUAGUGAUUACAUCCACUUUCUCUGUACUCUCAACUACACCGACAAACAGAUCGCUCUUCUGAUGGACAACCACAAAAUCUCGUGCCCCAGAUCAAGCAAUUUGGAAGACGCAGCUGAUCUUAAUUAUCCAUCUUUCACUCUUUUCUUCAACUCCACCAGAUUGCCCAAAGUUGUCGUGAGAAGGAGAACAGUAACAAACGUGGGUGCCGCUGGUUCUACCUACAAAGUGCAAGUGGAGGAGCCUUCUGGAAUGAAAGUAAGUGUUGAGCCAGCGACGUUAGAAUUCACAAAGGAGAACCAGAAGCUUAACUUUCGUGUAAUAUUUCAGAGCGCGGUCAUCAAAGCAAAGGAGGAAGCAACGUUUGGUGAAAUAUCAUGGAAUUGUGUCCGAGGUGGAACUCAUGUUGUUCGUAGCCCGGUUGUUGUACAGUGGCGAGAUAUAUGACCUAUCAGUUGGGCCCACCUUGGCCUCACCCUAUAUAUAAAUAAACUUUAAUAUUGCUGGUUAACUAUGUUACCAUGGGAGUUAGUCAAUAUAUUUUAGAUAUAUACCAUGGGAGUUGCUCAA